CUUUCCCUUUGAUAAAAAUGCUUCCAUUUGUCUAAUAUUAUUAUAUUAAUACUGCUAUUAUAUGUACAUAUAUAUGUAUAUGAAAUUAUGUAGAAAAAUUGUAGUGUUAUGUUAUAUACUUUAUAGCAAUUAUGAAACAAUCCUCUUUCGAUGCGUUACCCAAUAUUUAACAAUAUACAACAUAUUACAAUAUAUAAAGCCACAUUUACUCUACGUUUGUAAUACCUUCGGUAAUAUAGCUAUAAAUAUACUGGAAUAGUAGAACUGUUAUUAGAUCGAGGGAAGUAAGAUCUAUUUUAAAGGGUAGCGUCCUGUGUCUGACCCCAUGUAGGAGCCGGCAAUUUCUCGAAGUGUGUGCAUGAAAAACUUUCAAAAUCGGUAACGAACUGAAGACAUUUCCGUACUCUUUCUCAAUAAGUGUGCUGUCAAAGCAUUAGCACUUGUGAAUCUUACGGAUUCUUUUUUUGUUUACCUUUUCUAUCUCUUCUUGUGAUUACGACCUUAGCCUCAUUUUCAACACUUUUUUUACUGAGAUUCUAACCACGUGUGAUUUAAUUUACGAUGUCAAACUUACGAUCACUGUUUGUAUCAGUAUUAGCUGCUGUAGGAACCAUAGCUGUAAUAGGAUUAGCAGUGAAAUUUUACAACAGUUGGAGAAGUGAUAAGAAAAAGAAAUCUCCAAUUUUACUGGUUGAACCAGUUGUUAAAUAUAGUUUACCAUUAAUAAAAAAAGACAUAUUAAGUCAUGAUACAAGAAAAUUCAGAUUUGCAUUGCCAACUUCCGAUCAUGUAUUAGGAUUACCAAUCGGUCAACAUGUUCAUUUAACAGUGAAGAUUGGGGAUGAAGUUGUUAUACGCUCUUAUACACCUGUAUCAAGUGAUGAUGACCAUGGUUAUGUAGAUCUUGUUAUUAAGGUAUAUUUUAAAAAUGUACAUCCAAAAUUCCCUGAAGGAGGAAAACUGUCUCAAUACUUAGAAAACUUAAAAAUUGGGGAGACAGUUGAUUUUAGAGGACCUUCUGGUCGGCUUGUUUAUAAAGGCCAUGGAAAAUUUUCUAUAAAAAUUUUGAGAAAAGAUCCACCUGUGGAAUAUAAUGUUAAAAAGAUUGUAAUGUUAGCUGGUGGGACAGGAAUCACACCAAUGCUACAAUUAAUUCGUGCUAUAAUAAAGGAUUCUACAGAUGAAACUCAAGCUUCGCUACUUUUUGCCAAUCAAACAGAAAAAGAUAUAUUACUUCGAGAAGAAUUAGAUGAUAUUGCAAAGAAUCAUCCUAACAAAUUGAAACUCUGGUAUACAAUAGAUACUAGUAGUGAAAAUUGGCCGUACAGUACUGGAUUUAUAAAUGCAGAUAUGAUCAAGGAUCAUCUAUUUCCUCCAUCACCUGAUACAAUAGUACUUAUGUGUGGUCCACCUCCAAUGAUUAAUUUUGCUUGUAAUCCUAACCUUGAUAAACUCGGUUAUGACCCAAAAUUACGAUUUGCAUACUGAAGCAACAAAUUAUUUUUGUCACAUUUAAAUGUAGAAUACAUUUGACUUGCUAGUUACUUUGACUAAAAAAUUGGCUUAUAAUUUCAAGUUCACUUAAGUUUAUAAAUUUAAUACUCGUAAACAUAUUUCAUCUUUUAGUAUAUACUGUAUAUUGGUCAAUGUAAACGAAUAUAAUAUCAGUUCAAGAUUUAAAAAUACGAGUUAGGUUGAUUUGAUAUACAUAAUUGUAUUCGUUACAAUUAUACGAAUUCAUUAUAUUUUUAAUUGCAUUUUUGUUCAGACAAUUGCAUUCUUGUUAUAAAUGACAUUUAUAAUAAUUCUUUUUUCAAGUUUAUAAUUUUGUAUAGAUGUUGCCAAUGCAAAGCUUUAGUAAAGAAAAUAUACAAUUUUAGGGUAUUAAGGGCAUUUAUUGAUGUUAAACCUAUUGUAUUGUUAUAAAAAAUGAUGAUCGCAAAA